GAAAAUUCAUCAUGGCCGACAGUGGAGUGAAAUCUGAGGAUGUCUUGGGUCAAAAGUGGGAUCGCUGCCUUACAGACACUGGACUUAAAUUUGUGACUGGAGCGAGCAUUGGGCUUGUAUUUACAUUAUUGUUUUUCAAAAGACGUCCCUGGCCAGUCACACUUGGAGGAGGUAUUGGACUUGGCAUGGGCUACGCUAACUGCCAGCAUGACUUUCAAACACCUUACAUACUGCACGGGACAUUAAAAAAGGAAGGCACAGAUGAAACAAAAGGAAGCUAAACACUGAAGUCUAUAUUGUUGUAUAAUGAUUUUGUGUUACAAGUAAACUUUAUAUACAUGAACUAUAAAUUAGUGUGAACUUGCAAAUGAAUACUCACACAGACCAUUCUGGAAAGAAAACAUCUUCACAAAAUCAUAAUGUAUAUAUAUGGAAUAUCGUAUGUUAUGUAUUAGUAAAAUAGUAGAAUUGUGCUUUUACUUUAUUCAAUGUCCUAAUGAGUACAUAAGAUCAGAUUUAUAUACAGUAAGGUAUUCUUGCUUUUUAUAUCUUUUACCUUUGCAAGUUAUGUUUCAUAUCACGGGAUAUGAUUAGGCACAUAUUUGGUGCACACUAAUAUACAGCAAACUCAAACCUUGUUUUUGUUUGGAUUUUUUUGGCAAUGUUGGUGUGUUGUAAUGAGAUCAUCUCAAUAAAGUGUUGGAAAAGGGAGAAUUUCUAAUAAUUGUUAAGUUAAUCAUGAAAUAAAUAUUUGCUUUGAAAUA